AAACAAAAUCAAUACAUAAGUUAAGCUGCUAAUAAAUAAAUGAGUGGGAUAUAGGAUGAUAAGAAAAUAGAAGAAGAGGAUGAUUAUGAAGAUUAGGAAUCAAUAAAAUUAUUAUCAAAAGCAAACAAAAUACUUAGCGAAAAACAAGUUUCGGAUGAGAGCUUCAAGUUUUUCACUUAGAUAAGCACUGAAGUUUUGAUGAAAAUUGCAAAUCAGCUAUCUAAGGAGAAGGCAGAAAAAUUAAUGAAUUACUUAUCAAAGUAAAAAAUUUCUAAAAAAGAGGAAAAAUUAUUAAAAGAAUAAAGUAAAAAUAAUGGGAAAUAAUCUUUGAAUUCUCAGCAAAAUGAAAAAACAUAAUUUUUCAAUCCUUCUGCACCUGUUUGGACUGAAGACAAAUCAUAAAAUCAAGAUUAAAAUGAUAACAAUCCUAUUAUACUGAAUUAGCUUUUAAGAGAACAUGAAGAUUAGCAGAAUAUAAAAAGUGGAAGAAAAGAUAAAAAAUUUAGGAUGGAUCCUUCUUAGUAUAAAUUUGAAGAAUUGGCAAAGUAUCAUGAAAAAUCUAACCCCUUUUUCCCUUUUUAUAGCAUUGUAUCAAAGAUUAUGUAUAGUUAUGGUGAUUUACUUUAGAAUGAUGAAUCAGCUGUGCAAAUGAUGCACUCCUAAAUUGAAGAAAUUCUCAAAGCAAUAUUUGAUAAGAAAUUAAUGCAGAAACUAGUUAAGUAUAGCAAAUAGAAUUCAUAAAAUUUAUAUGAUUUGGAAGAUGAAAGUAUUACUUCUAAAGAUAAAUUUGUAUUUCCUAAGGCAACCAAAACUAUAAAGCGAUGUUUUAAUUAGUAUUUCUAGACUAUUUUUGCUGAAUAAUUUAAAAUUUAUCAACGAUUUAGAGAGACAUAUUAAGGAAUUAAAGAAGAAGGAGGAUUUUACAAAAAUAAUAAAAAGGGCAGUGGCUAGAAUGAUUCUGAAAGUAGUGGGGAUAGCAGUGGAGACGAAAAUGACUAAAUGGAAUAUGAAGAAGAUUAAGCUGAGGAUCAUUAAUUAAGAGAAAUGAAAGAACAUUUCGAUAGAGAUGACGAAGAAGAAAAUAACAAUUAAUCAAAUUAAAAUUCUCGUAAAUUAGAAGAAAGUUCUUUAUCAAGUAGUAAAAUCAAUAAGAAAACUGAAGUUACUUAGAAAAAAGAUAUUCUAUUAUUUGAUGACAACUAAGAAGAAGAUGAUGAAGAGGAAGAAGCAUAAGAUGGACUUGAAGAUAAUUAAGAAGAUAUUUAAGACACUUUAGAUACAUUAAAUUAGAUUGAAAAAAUUGCUAGCUUAGAUGAGGAACAUAAAAAAGACGAAGUUAUUUUACCAUAAAAUAAGCCUUAAAAUGUAGGUUAAACAGCUACAACAAGCAAUUCUUUAAAUAAUAAUGGCAUUUUGAAAGAGUAAAAUGGCGAAAAUUCAUUUUCUCACUUCGGAGAUAAGUUAUAAAUAAAUGAAGAAGAUAGGAUUAGAUUUAAUAAAGAAAGAACUGAUGAGAUGAGUAAUGAGGAAUGGAAUUAUUUUAUGAAUGUUAGAUGUACAACAUUUACUUCUAAUGGAAACAGAAAGCUCUUUGUGGAUUUUCUGAAUAUAAAUAAAUAUAACAAUUAGUUUUCUGAGUGCUUAAAUGUUUUUGUCCCAUUUUUGAGUUAUUGUUUAUGCAAAAUUAUUGGCUUAGUGGUUGAGUAAAUUUUGAGAUCAAGAGAGAAUGGUUAUUUAAAAUAAGCAACUCAUUUUGUCACUGAAAGAGAAGUUUAAGUCUUUGGUAAUUCAAUCAUAGAAAGAUACAUAAAUAGAGCUAAGAGAUAUAUUUUGAGCAAAGAAAAAUUGAUCAAAGCAGCCUUUUAACAAUUUACUGAGGAGUUUUUGAAAUUUGGAUAUGACAAAAUUCUCUGUUAAGAAAAACCAGUUGCUCCAAAAAAUCAAAAGAAAGGUUCAGUUUAGAAAAUUGAAGGCUCAAAAACAAAUGAAAAGGAGGAGAAAUAAAUUUAGUAAGAUGAACAAAAUAUCAGAGAGUAAUGGAAAGGAAUGAAAAAUGCAUACAAAAAGAUGUGGGUUGAGAGAGUAAUAUCUGAAAAGCAAAUAAAAAAAGUUAUUGAAGAAAAGACAUAAAACAAAGAGCAAAGAUAAGCCUUACAAGAUUUGCUAAGAAUGGACUCAUAAUAAAUUUAAUUCAUAAAUAAAUAUGCUAGCUACUUAUAUGAAAGAGUGCUAGAGGAUAUGCAGAAGAAUUGGCUGCAAAUAAAUUAUGCAUAACAUUUUAAAAAUUGGUUUUUAAACAAUGAUUGUCAACGCACAGGCCAAAUUAAAAAGGCUGUAAUUAACAACCUUCAGAAUCAAACUAAAGACCAAAAAAGAAAAAUGAUGAAAUUCGAAAGUAUUUUGGAUUGA